AUGCCCGCCACGGGGGUGGUAAGGAACCUGUAUUUCCGGAUAAGCAUUGUGGGAGCAGUGAACAGUGGCAAGUCGUCCCUUCACAACCGACUGAUGAAGCAACUCAGCGCCACGUACAAAGAAUCGCUUGUACACCAUGAGGCAAAUUAUUCUAUUAACAUGAAUGAAAAUCCAUUUAAAGUAGGAAAUACAAAAUGCCUUAUGACAGACACACUGGGGAUGAAUGAACAAAUGAUGAUGAAGCUACAACUGUAUAACCACAAGAGAUACGAAGGAUAUAACGAACCUAACAAAAUCAUCAAUGAAUAUUUGCACAUCAUCCGAAGUAGCCACUUAAUUUUUUUCUGCGUAAAAUAUUCCGAAGUUAGGGAGAGCGAUAUUUUAGCAUAUAAUAUUGUUAAAGAUAUUUUCAUGUCGAGAGAAAACUUGAUUACUGUAAUGUUUGACGAGAAUGUCCUGAGGAAUGGAAGGCAUGGAGUGCAGGAUGACGUGAUGGUAAGGGAUAGUAAAUACAAUUUUUUAAACGCCUUUGAGUAUUUUAGUAACGUUGUCUUUUUUCCAAAAGGAUUAAUCUGGAAAGACGAGGGAGAAGACUUGGUGGAACUCAUAGGGCGGAAGGUUAGGGAGGAAGUGAGUCGCCAAUUGACUGAGGGGGCAACCCACAAGGGGGGGGACCAUCAUGAAGAUACGACGAAGGAUGGCGCUAAGGUGGACCACCCCACAUGUAACUCUCAGGAAAACUGCACAAACGACCAAGUGCGAGACCUGGUAGACGAGAGCCUGCGCAUCUUCCGCCCAAAGCUCAGCGAAGAAACGAGGAAUUAUUUCUAUAAAUAUGUGGAUCUGAGGAAAAAGGAAAAGUCGGAUGAGCGUAUGUUUAAUGAUUUUCUGAGCGAAAGGAUUUUAGGGCAGUCGCUGAAGAAGUUAACGAGGAAGGAGUUGGUCUCUCGCGGGGCAGUUGGCGAAGCGACCAUCGAUACGAAGCACAACAACACAAGCAACAACACAACAGCCAACACAAACAACAACACAAGCAACAACACAAGCAACAACACAAGCAACAACACAACAGCCAACACAAACAACAACACUGGCAACAACACUGGCAACAACACUGGCAACAACACUGGCAACAACACUGGCAACAACACUGUCGUAACCAACGGUAACAGCCCUCCUAACGCAGAUGUCGAUGCCACUUACCCGCUGAGCGACAACUUCGAGCGGAAGAGGAAAGUCGCCGCGAAGGUGAAGAACAAAAGGAUGCGGCUCUUGCAGGCAAUCGUAAGUGGACAGGGAGGGGUCAACCCCUACGAACUGUUGAAACUCACUGGCGCGGAGGAAGCCACUCCUCAGGAAGGUACAACGCAAGAUGAAGUCACUACCCAUGAGGAAGGUACCACGCAAGAUGAAGUCACUACCCAUGAGGAAGGUACCGCGCAAGAUGAAGUCACUACCCAUGAGGAAGAUACCACGCAAGAUGAAGUCACUACCCCUGAGGAAGGUACCACACAUUUGCAUGUCUGCAUCCUGGGCGAAAGGAACUGCGGAAAAACGACACUGAUGGAGGCCAUCCUGAAAAGGCCUAUCGUGCGCGAUGAAGAUGUAGUCGAGCUCUUCGGAAGGAAAAAAUACAUUAACAAGGACCAAACAACAGAACACAAAAAUGUAGAAAUAACGGUAGCAGACACUUGUAGCCUAACGAAACAACACAGAUUCAGAGGGGAGGAUACGUACCACCAUGAGAGCAAACAAGUAUUUACCAAUGUCCACAAAAGUAACAUCUGCGUGUACGUAAAGGAAGCAAAAGAAAACACCAUAAGCCUAAGUAAGGAGGAUAAAAAAAUAAUGUUUUAUCUUUUGAAAAAAAAAAAAAAUAUUAUUUUUGUGGUAACCAAAAUAGACACCAUCUUGUCAAAUUUCGAAGAGAAAAAAAAUGAAUUCCUAUCGUCCUUCUCGUCUUCCUUCAAUGAUAUACCUGUGGUUUUCUUAAACCCAAACAAUAAAAUGCACCUGCAAAAUUUGCUUAAUCGGAUUGUUCAUAUACACAAGAUGAGUUACGUACGAAUCCCCACUUCUAUUUUAAAUCUCUUUCUAAUUAGAUUCCUCCAGUUAUUUCCUAUCCCUUGGGUAAGGAAAAAAAAAUGUAACUUCAAGUAUAUUAGACAAGUGAACACCAACCCAGUCACCUUCCUCAUCUUCACCAACCUCUACCACAACAUCCCGAACAACUACUUAUCCUUUUUUAAGAAAAGAUUGAAAGAUGAAUUUCACUUGAGAGGUGUUAAUAUUCAGUUCAUCUUUCGCACUACUUGUGAUAAUGCCAACUCCAGACGGAGUCGGUUUGUGCGUGCCGGGGGAAAAAUCAUGUAG